CAAGUCACAGGGAGCCUGGGGCGAAAAACCGCAAGAUGCGACAUGGCCGAGCUGCUGGAAAUCGACCUUGAGGAGGAUGACGUCCAGCUUCAAGAGCAGCUCUUUCAGCUCCUGGCACCUUCGCGGAAGGCGGAGCUUGAGGGGCCAGGUGAGGAGCCGGAGCCGGCCCUGCUGGAGACUCUGGCGGAGGAGCCUCCCAGGUAUGCGGGCGCAAAGGUCGCAGAAGCCGCACCAGGGGCCCCUCAGGCAGAGGCCUCCACUCUGGAAGUUGGAGUUACCCUGGAGAGACUGCCCACCGAAGAAGGUGGCGAGGAUAGUGACACUGAGCCGACUGCCUCAGAGGACAACGACUUCUCCGAUCCCAUGGAGGACCUCGAGGAGCAGGCAGAAGAAGAUGCGCUGGACGAGGAUGCCAUGGCAAAGCCUGUGGAGGUGCCGCCCAGACAGGCCCCGAAGCCGCCGCCGCUGCCUGAAGAAGUGCAAGUCCUGAAGGACCUGCUCCAGGUGUCGCGUGGCGCCUGCGAAGCGUUUCACCUCACCUACCCGGACUUCCUGCGGCGGCUACGCGGCCACGCAGCGGAGAUGGGGAAGCCGGAGGCCGCCAGGAGCAAGGUGUCCUUCACCAUGAAGCCCUCUGCCCGCGGAGCUCCGGUGCCGGCGCCGGCGACGGCUCGCCGCAAGCCGCGGUUGUGGCGGGCGCUGAAUCAACCCAUGCCGGGGGAGGUGCUGGUGGUAGACGAGGAGGUGAACGGCACCCACAAGGAUGCGGAUGCCGAUGCGGAGCCGGAUGCCCCGGAUGCCCCGGAGCCGGAGGUUCCGGAGGCCUUCACCAGCGCCACGGCCAUGGUGGUGCUCUUGCGGACCUACCUCCAGGAGGAGCGGUGGGUAGGUGCGCUGGACGGCUGGCUCCUGUUCGAGGCCGACGCGGUGAAGUACCCGCUGGAUUCGGGCGCGCCUUUGAAGAGCCCGGACCAGCCGGAGCUAUUGAGCCUGGGGUCCCUCUUCGCGGUGGCGGCGCUCGGCGAGCGCUACGAAGGUUGCGCCACGCCCGAGUUGCUGGAAAGUCUGUGUGCCCGGAAGCUCCAGCCUGACGUCCUGGAAGAGCUCGCGGAGUAUCUGCAGGGCAGGAGCGAGAGCUGCUCCUUGUUGCUGAGCGCCGGCAAGGCCAAGCAGGUGCCUCCUGUGAAGGUCUCCCACCUGGCGGUGCCGUUCCUGAAGGCGACUCAACGCAGGAAGAAGCGGAGGAAAAAGAGGAGGAGGUUGGAUCUGGAGCGCCUCCCUGGGCAGGCCGAUGAGGAGGAGGAGUCCCCCGGCAGCCCAUCGGAGCGCACCCGGUCCGGCAAGAGCAGGAGGAGCCAAUCUGCGGACAGCGAGGAGACCACGGUGCCACGGGACCGCAGCAGGCCAAAGGAGCCAGCGUCGCAGGCCGAGGCACCGGAGCAGCCCUUGAAGCGGAAGUGCCUUCCGCCAGACUCGCGUCUGCCAGACUUGGCGGCGCUUGAAGCGAGUGCAGAGAGGCUGAGGCGAAAGGGUCUUUUUCUCCGGCAGCUCCUCGACGAGUGUGAGGCCGCGAAGGAGCAGAAUCUGCGUCAGCUCCAGCGUGUGGAGGUGCUGCUGCGGUCCGGCGAGGACAGCCUCCGUGAGACUUUGUGCUCCACCGGGGUCAGCGGCGUCGAGGAGUUCUUGCAGAGGCUGGGCCAAGACGCACGCCGCCUCUACCACCGGAAAGAUGCCGCAGUGGGUGCGGCCGGUUAGCCGAGCUCGGGCCAAAAGUGGCAACUUCUUGA